AGUAAACCCGACGAAGUGAAGACGGCCGUCCGGACUGCUCUUGAUGCUGGAUACCGCCUCAUUGAUACAGCCUACAACUACCUCAACGAGGAGGCAAUAGGCGAAGUCCUAGAUGAAACAUUCAAAGUUGGAAAAUUGAAGAGGGAAGAAUUGUUCAUCUGUACAAAGCUCGCCAAUAUCUACACCAGACCUUCGGAUGUUGCACGUUCUAUGUCCGAGAGCCUGCGAAAACUCAAGCUGUCUUAUGUUGAUCUAUACUUAAUACACGCCCCUAUGACAUUGAGGAGUAAACCCGACGAAGUGAAGACGGCCGUCCGGACUGCUCUUGAUGCUGGAUACCGCCUCAUUGAUACAGCCUACAACUACCUCAACGAGGAGGCAAUAGGCGAAGUCCUAGAUGAAACAUUCAAAGUUGGAAAAUUGAAGAGGGAAGAAUUGUUCAUCUGUACAAAGCUCGCCAAUAUCUACACCAGACCUUCGGAUGUUGCACGUUCUAUGUCCGAGAGCCUGCGAAAACUCAAGCUGUCUUAUGUUGAUCUAUACUUAAUACACGCCCCUAUGACAUUGAGGGGUCUUCAGGGUAAGGUUCCCUCUGUUUAUGUCUCCGCCUGUUGUUGGGGGAUUACAGACAGGUCAGACGUUCCUGUGUUGUUGAACGAUCCUGUUAUUGCAAAACUGGCCACAAAGUACAAUAAAACCCCUGCUCAGGUCCUUUUACGGAAUUUACUUCAGAGGAAUACCAUAGUCAUUCCAAAAAGUGUGACACCAAGCAGAAUUCAACAGAAUGGAAACGUGUUCGAUUUUCAACUAUCACCAGAGGAUAUGACCGUCAUUGCAGGAAUAGACAACGGAGAAAGGCUGAUACAAUACCCAGCCAUGGCAACCUUUUAUGACUAUCCAUUCAACAGUCCUUUGUAGAGAGAUGUUGAUCUCUCAACAGUCUUGUGAAGAGAUGUUUUGGUUUCUCAACUGCCUUGUAUAUAAAUACUUUGACUUCUCAGCAGUCUUGUGUGAAAGGAUUCCGGUUUCACAACCCAAGAUGUGGAUAGACAAAGAGCUUUCUAAAAACAUUAAACUAUCACUU